AGAUAGAGAAAACUCUCGGAAACAUGAUUUGCUUGCAGUUCCUAUCUCUUCUAACCUAUGGACUUACAGUGCUGCAGGGGGUGAAUGGGUGGACAUACCAUUAUUCAGACACAAACAUGACCUACAGGGAAGCAGAGCUGUGGUGCAGAAAGAAGUACACUAACCUGGUUGCCAUCCAGAACCAGGAGGAAAUCAAGCAUCUCAAUACCUUCUUACCCUUCAAUCCGGGUUACUACUGGAUUGGAAUCAGAAAAAUUAAUGGGGUGUGGACCUGGACUGGAACUAACAAAGAGCUGACAGAAGAAGCAAGAAACUGGGCUUCAGGGGAGCCAAAUGGCAAAGGGAACAACGAGGACUGUGUUGAGAUCUACAUCAAAAGAGGGAAGGAUGAUGGCAAAUGGAAUGAUGAGCAGUGUGAGAAGAAGAAGGUUGCCUUGUGCUACACAGCUUCUUGCAACCCGUCCCUCUGCAGUGGCAAUGGAGAAUGCAUAGAGACUAUCAACAACCACACCUGCCAUUGCAACCCUGGCUUCUAUGGGCCUGAAUGCGAGUUUGUUGAGAGUUGUGAUCCACUAGAGAAACCUGAUCAUGGGAGUCUUGAGUGCCAGCAUCCAUUGGGGGACUUCAGCUACAACUCAUCCUGCAAAGUUCAGUGUGAGGAGGGCUAUGAGCUGACUGCACUGGAGUCUGUCCACUGUACCUCUGCUGGGCUCUGGUCUGCCCCCAUUGCAGCAUGCAAAGCUGUGACUUGUCCUGCCCUGGAAAUGCCUGCCCAUGGGGCUGUGAACUGCUCCCAUCCCUCAGAGCAGCUCACCUGGGGAACCACCUGUGAGUUCAGCUGUGAGGAAGGAUUUACCCUGAGAGGAGCAGCCACCCUGCAGUGUGGCUCUUCAGGGGCCUGGGACAGGCAGCAGCCAGAGUGUGCAGCUGUGACCUGUCCUGCCCUGGCAAUGCCUGCCCACGGGGCUGUGAACUGCUCCCAUCCCUCAGAGCAGCUCACCUGGGGAACCACCUGUGAGUUCAGCUGUGAGGAAGGAUUUACCCUGAGAGGAGCAGCCACCCUGCAGUGUGGCUCUUCAGGGGCCUGGGACAGGCAGCAGCCAGAGUGUGCAGCUGUGACCUGUCCUGCCCUGGCAAUGCCUGCCCACGGGGCUGUGAACUGCUCCCAUCCGUCAGAGCAGCUCACCUGGGGAACCACCUGUGAGUUCAGCUGUGAGGAAGGAUUUACCCUGAGAGGAGCAGCCACCCUGCAGUGUGGCUCUUCAGGGGCCUGGGACAGGCAGCAGCCAGAGUGUGCAGCUGUGCUCUGUGAGGCUGUGCCGUGGCCAGCAGAAGGCUCCGUCAGCUGUGACCGCGCUGCUGCAGAGCUCACCCCUGGCUCCCGCUGCCAUUUCCAGUGCCCCGAGGGAUUUGUCCUGCAGGGAUCACCCAGCACGGAGUGCACGGCUCAGGGCCAGUGGUCACAGCCGGUGCCCAAAUGCAAAGUCAUACAGUGUGACCCACUGAGCUCUCCUGAGAAAGGCUCCAUGGAUUGCUCCCACGGGGCUGGGAUGUUCACCUACAACACCUCCUGCCACUUCAGCUGCCUGGAAGGAUGGAGUCUCAAUGGCUCUCGUGUUCUUGAGUGCAGCCCCUCAGGAAACUGGAGUGCCAGCCUGCCCACGUGUGAAGCCUCUGACCAAGCCAGCUACAUCUCUGUGGGCAUAGCAGCCACUUCUGCCUCUCUGCUGUCCACAGCAUCAUUCCUCCUUUGGCUCGCAAGGCGCUUCCGGAGAAAAGCAAAGAAGUUUAUUCCUUUCAGGAACUGGCAGGAAACAGCCAGUGAAGGUAGCUUCCAAAUUGCUGGCGAGAAUGUCUAACUCAGGUGCUUCAGGAAUUACAGCCACCUUCACUUACAUCUCAGAUUUCUGGAGAAUGAAACUGCCUGCAAAUCAGCAGCUGUCCAGAUGUUUUUACCUUUUGCUGACAAGAUGAUUGACCUUGUAUGUGAUUCAGAAAUCUUGAACUCAAGCUGUCUGGUAUUUCCAUUGAAGACAAACAGAGAACUCUGGCCUUGAGGCCAAAUCCUGCCUCCAUUCAGCCAUGUGCUUAUCCUGAACUGGGAGCUUGCCAUCUCCUGUGCAGGUGGUGAGUAAGCAGAGCACUGCUGCCCAAAGAGGAGGCUGGUUCCUCCUCUGCUCCACUCAAAGGUACCAAGGUGAGGUGAAGACAUGCAUUAAUUCACAUCACUUACUACACUGCUGCAGUGUCUCCUCUGGACUCACAGGGGUUAUGCUUGCAGAAACAGAAGAAUCAGGAUGGAAAAAUAUUCACUGAACAGCUUUGAAACUAUUGAUCUGGGUUGUGGAAGCCAGUUUAUUUUCAGAUGUCCCAGUCAAUAGAUAUGCCUGCAGUGAUAUGGGCAAUUAUUUGGGUUUCUGCUGCAUAUCCCAGAAAACUUAGAUGCCUUUUAAAAAAAAAAAAAUAUAACAGCACUAGGAACCAUGGUGUUUACACAGGGUACUCUGGUUUCUGAACACAGCAGGUAGAUCUGAAAUUAUCUCAUCCCUGUGGGAUUCUGUACUGUAAUAUGUGUAUAUACAUAUGUAUUUAUUUGAGCAGUUUUUAUUGUGGAUAUUUCUGUGCUCUUAAGUGUACAUGUAUUGUAAAAUACUUGUUUUUGAGUAGGUCUGUGGCUGUUGAUCAGAAUUUAUUUGAAACUAAACUGGAAGUGUUUGUAAGGAUUGCGUGACUGCAUAAUGUUUAUGAAUGAAAUGGAAG